AUGGUGGCCAUUCUGGAUAUUUCUGAACGUGCAACUAAUAGUUAUUUUUCGUCGUUUUUACCUACUGUCAACUCGCCUCCAGUGCCGCAUCGUGACAUCAAUGCAGCGUCUACACCUUCUUAUCGAUCGUACAACGAUGACAAUCCCGUCCAACGCCGAAUAGAUAGACCAAUCCAAACUGAAAUUGAAGUAGAACGCAAUAAAAAAGAUAAAAAAUGGUCAAUAGGAAAACUUUUCAGAAGAAAGAAAAAAGAAGAAGAUAGUGGUUCAUCAUCACAAAGCGACGAAGAUGUUAGUAACCGAUCACCAAAGAGAAAGUCAAAGAAGAAAAAGAGGCCACCUCCUGUUAAUAAUUUUGAUCAUAUUGUUAUCAGAGAUUCAAGAAGAGCCCAAAGCUUGGGUAAACCAAAUUUGUGCGAUGUUACUGAUGACGGAAUGUUAUCUGAUCCUUCAGCAGGUUUCUUCAAUUACAGAGCUAAGAAUCAGGAUUUAUGUGGGCUAUCGAAAGAGUCUCUCAGCUUAAAGGACGAUCAUUCUAGCAAGACAGGGAGAAUUGCUAGCGAAACUCCGUCGCGGAAAUCACGCAAGGGGCGAUUGAAAGCUAGAGUAGAAGCUUUGAGAAACAGCAUGAAAGGUGAAUCAAGUAGCGACGAAGAAUCACUAAGAUCUUCCAAUUCCUCAUCCAUUAUACGAUUUAGAAGUGAAGAUUCGUUAAUGCGUUCACGUGACAGUUCUUUAAACAAGAAAUCCAGAACAGCUAGAAAUGAGCGUUAUAUUAAAAGAUUAUCUCGUGAUGAAGAAAAUCAACUCAACAAAGAAGCUGAGUUAUUACAACAAGGAUAUACAAAAGCUGAAGUCGAAAUGCUAACACGAACACCGACUAGUCAAAGCAGUGGUUAUGGAACUUGUAAAAGAGAGCCAUCAAAUAAAGCAAUCCCUGAAACUGUUAUUCAUGAACCUAACAGGGUACCUCUAAAAACAGAUUCAGUCUCAUCAUUUCCAUCUACUCAAAGUUACCCAUCAUCCAUAAACUUUAACGCAAAGGUUAAUAAUGAAAACAUUAACUAUUCCAUAAAAUAUUCAAAUAUUAACUCGGCUCGGGAUCCAUUUUCUGCUAGUAACAACAUAGAAACUACCGCCGCUAAUAAUUAUGAAAAUUCAGAGACUGUUAUGUAUGUUAAAUUUCCUUUGGGAAAUGUAACCAAUGUAAAAAAAGAUGAAAGAGCUCCACCAGUACCUCCGCCGAGAGAUAAGCAUAGAAAAGUGACAACACCUCUUUCAAUGUACUAUGAAAAUAAUCCCAUGGUAGCUGAUAGGGUUAGCAAUAAUCAAAUUAUAACCCACGGUGUACCAAAUAAUGAUUUUGAAAGAAUUAUGAGGCGAAGCCAAGAAAGAUCAAUGGGUUAUGGACUAAACGGUCUUCGCAGGCCUAUAUCAAACUCUGAAGAUCACAUUGCUAUGCAAAGUAACGAAAACAUUCAUAACAUAUAUUAUCGAAGUGAGCAACCUCGACGACCUGCUUCAGUUUCUGCUGAGCCAAACCAUUACGGAAUGUAUAUGAAUACUCCUCCUUGGCGACAAAAAUAUGAGCAAUCCAGUAUAAUUAAACCCGAACCUGUGCAAUUAAGACAGGAUUACUUAUACUACGCGGAUCAAAGUCCGCGAUCUAGAAGGCCAAUAAGUAUUAAGGCUGGUCAGAAUGGUAGUGAAAAUCAAUAUUUAAGUGAUUCACAAACUUUCUCUAAUGUACACGGCAGUGUAUAUAGGAGACCUAGAAAUGCAUCAGAGUUUUGGAAAAAAAUUGAUAAUGCAGAAAGGCAAAGGCAGCAACAAACGGCAUUCGCUAAUUCCCGAAACAACAGUGAAUAUUCUAGUAAUUCUCAAUUAUACAGAUCUCUAUCGGAUCAAAAUAAAGCUAUAGGAAAAAUCAUUCAAAAAUGUGAAAACACCCAUAUUCAAAAUAAAAAUAAAUCAAACGAUAUAACGGAUGGUGCAAAAAUAUGGAAAGCUACAACAGAGUACAAACGAUCCGUAACAGUAGAACCUGCAAAUAUUGUAUCGUCACCAACAAUAAAAACACACGUUCGACAUAAAUCUGAUACUCUUAUUCCAAGUAGCUACCAAACACCAUCAGAUGACGAAAAAACCUCAGAACGUCGAAAGUCUACGAAUCUUGACGACGCAUUAAACGAGUUAGAAGCAAUUUACAACAGUUUAGGGUUAGGCGACGAAGAUUUAUUGGAUAGAGCUGAACGCCGUGAAUUAAUGACUCCGAAAUUCAACAAUAAUUUCGAUGAUUGUAAUGGAAAUGAUAAUGAAAUUCAAUUACGAAGUCAACCAACUACUCCUUUGCGACGUAUCUCACGCAGAUCCACCUUACCAGACAAAUUGCAAGAUGACAUGGCAUUCCGAAGAAUGAACUCAUUUUCUAAAAAAGAUAAACCAAAUUACAAAGAGGCCCAGGCUCAAAUUAGCUAUAUGUUAGCAUCGCCUGUAUACGUUCCCUAUGCGUCCGAUGAUGAUCGACAUUCAGAACGCAAUGAACCUGACAUUGUUUAUGACGAUGUUGUUUACAGGAAUAUCAAGCAAACAAACAAUCGUUUAAAGACGCUUGAUCCACAGCCACCUUUUGGUAUUCCUGUUGGACCGGUAUCUCCAGCUCCACAAAGUGAUUACUUACAUGCUACUCCUGAAAAUAAAGGAAGAUCUCGUUUCAUACCAAAAAGAUCUCCCGACAUUGUAUCAGAUGAUUUGGCUUACAGAAGUCUGCGAAAAGAUAAUAAACAUACAUCAUUAUUUAAUAAUGAGGAAUUUGCUGGGCAUAUUAAUAAUAACCAUAGCUAUCAUGAAAGUAUACACAAUAAGGAUUCAAGUGAAAAUAUUAAAAAGAAACGUGCAAUUAGAUCACUUUCAGCAAACAUAUUCACAAUGAUUCAGAAAGAAAUUGAUGAUGCUUUAAAUAUGAGUAAAACACCCGCUUUACAAAAGACACACAGUAACAGUGAUGUUAUGAGACGCCUUCGAGAAACCUAUGAAAACAAAGACACAAAACAAGAUCAUUAUCAACGUAACAAGGUAAAACAACGUAACAAUACUGUUAAUAUAUUUGUUAAUAACCCUCACACCACCACACAUCAUUUUGCAAAAGACGACUCAUUUAUUCAUACCGACAUCAAAGGUUUUGCUAUGUCAUCAUCAUGUGAUAAGACAAAUAGUUCAUCUCCGUCAUAUAAAUCGCCACAAACAUCAAAACGAUCAUCGAAAGAUGAAUUUCAACAAGUUCUUAGUAUGUUAGCUCAGGAAGCUAUGGACACAAGUAACAAACUAGGUGUAGCUUUAGCAGAAUUAGAUAAAAACCGAAACAACAGUGAGAAAACAUUAGAUGUCCCAAACGCACUUUCUGAUAGUAGAGUAAACUUUUUGAAUGAAUUAACACAAAAAUCUUUCGAUAAUAUAGGAAAUGACACUAAGUCUUUAAAAGAUUCACCCGAUGAUUUUCAUGUACAAAAAUCAGAUGAACAAGUCAGCGAUGCAAAUAAUAAAAAGGCUAAAAAUACUGAAGAUAGUUUGUUUACUAUAUCGAACCAACUACACAAAGUUGAAGAUCAACUAAAGCAAAGUUUUGAAAAAGAACAUAAACUUUGUGACGAUAGCUUAAAACUUUCUAAUCGUGUAUGUCAGUCUGAUGAACCAAUAAAGACAUCAGAAACUAUUAUUAUUACACCGGAUAACAAAAAUAUUCCUGAUGUUUCAAUUGCAGUAAAAGAUGAUGCGGUUAGCAUAGAAAAUGAACAUGAAAACGAUAAUCAUUCUGACAUAACAGUUUCUACUUCACAAAUAAAUUCGCUUAACCCAUUUUUGAACUCAACGGAUAAGGUAAAAGAGAUAGACGAGAUAAACGCCUUCAAAGAAUUGAAAGAUGGUAUUUCAGACUUAAUCGCAGGAAUAUCCGAAGUCAACGAGAAAUUAUUUAUGUCUAAAAUGACAAAAAGUGAAGCUAGCGAUGUCAAUGAAUUCUCAGGAAUUUCGGAAGCUAGUCAGAAACUAAUUAAAGUGACUCAAAAUGAUAGCAAAAACAUUGCUCCGGAUAGAGAUUCGGGAAGUCUAUCCGUUUAUGAAGAUGAUUUUGAUGUAAAAAAAGAUGCUGCUGACUCAACAGAAUAUAAUUCAUCAGAAGAACUCGCUACAAUAUUUAAGUUAGACGGUAGUAUUAAAUCAGCGACAAAUUUCAAUGAAAUAAACAACGAAACUGCCAAAAAACCGCGCGAGGACCUGAGCUCACCUAAGCUCGUUAAGACGAUGAAUCAACAACUGAGGCGACUCUCAGUUGAUGAAGGCGAUACUAGUCAAACUAAUAAUUCACUGCCAUCUAAUGUAGUUCCAUGGAGAGUCAAGCGACCAUGUAAUAGUUCAGAAAAAGAAAAGAGAGGUGAACACUGA